UGGCAACGCAGCCCGGCCAUGGAGGCGUCUUACAAGUCUGAGUCCGAGUCUGAGGCCUGGCCUGGCACUCAGCGGCCCGGGACCGGGACCGUGAGCGCGGCCGUGCGCGAGCACUUGCGGAAGCUGUGUCUGCGCGAGUUCCCGUGCGGCGCCGGCAGCUGGAAUAAGUCGCGCUUUCUUCCUCAAACUUGGCGAACAUGGAGAGAGGUGGUCCCCAAAGAGGAGGAUGUGGUGAGCCCCGGGGAGGAGACGGUGGAGGACCUGCUGGGCCUGGUCCGCAGCCCCCACUCCCCCUGGGCUCUGCCGAACGACUCGAAUGCUGAAGACAGUUUCCUGAGAGAACUGGCCAUCCGGAACCCGCUGAUGAUCACAGACACCUUCUUCUACUCCUACUUCCGGUCCCUGCGGGUGGUAGACAAGGAGGUCACCCUGGUGGAUAAAGACCUCCUGAAAUUUCUAAAGCUGGAGGAGUUGGUACUGAGCGCCAAUCGAAUCAAGGAGGUGGAUGCCACCAAUCUGCCCCCCACACUCAAGGUGCUGGAGCUCUACGGCAAUGAGAUCAGCAGCAUGGAGUGUCUGUGCGCCCACCCGCCCGCCAGCCUGCAGCACCUGGGGUUAGGCCACAACAAGCUUCUAGGCCCCUUGGAAAGUCUCUACGUCACCGCUGAUCACUGGCCCAACCUCGUCUCCCUGGACCUGGGCUUCAAUGACCUGACAGACCUGCAGAGCAUGGUUGCCAGCCUGAGGACCCUCCGGCACCUGCGACUCCUGGUGCUGCAGGGAAACCCACUGGCCUUGGUGCCCUACUACCGCGGCCUCACCAUCGACAGCCUGGCCCAGCUCUGCGUGCUGGACGACAUCACCGUGUCUCCCAACGAGAAGCAUCUCUUCCGGGGGCUCAGCCUCAAUGGCGAUCUCUUGGCACAGGAGGCGCAGUUUGUGGUGACCAUCGGAAACAUCAGAGGAGUCCUGGACACCUCUGUCCUAGACCCGGAACCCGGGCCCGAAGGCCCUUUCGUCGCUUAUAGCUAUUACGUGACGUACGAUUUUGUGAGAGACGAAGAAGGUGAAGCAGAUGAGGACACAGGCGAGCUGGCCGAGAUCGUCAAGCCCUCUCCCAGCUCAGAAUUAUUAGUUGAGGAAUCUCCUGAAGAGGUCGGCGAAGAUGUCAUCAAAGACAUUGUUGGAGGGAUCACUGAAGAGGUCGAAGGAUCUCUGGAGUCUGAGGUGGAGGAGUCAGGAGAGUCGGAGCUGUCUGUCAUCUCGGGCCCUUCAACCGUCUUGCAGACGCCAAGGGCCUCUGCAGAAGAGCUGGCCAAGUUGCGGCUGCGUAUAGAUCCCCGGCUCUGCCCGUCCCCAGGGACUGUCCUCUUCAACACUACCCACAAGCCCUGGGCUGAGGUCAUCCCAUGCGGCUACGAGAUGCAGCACUCUCUCAGGGACCUGGUGCCACUGAAGGCCUUCCUGCUGGCGGGGACCACUGUGACCAUCGUGGAAGAGAAGAUUCUCUCCUGGCCUGUGGUGCUACCUGCUGUUGACAGUCCCCUGUCUGCCAAGAGAGGAAAGGGGGAGAAGGACAAGAAAGGGAAGGAGAAAGACAGGAAGGGGCAAGGAGAGAAAGAGCCGGCCAAGGAGUGGAAGGUGCCGAAGAAGAAGAAAGAGCUGCCCAAGGAGCUCCGGCAGGACCCCCCCAUCCUCCAGGUGCUGGGCCGGGGCCUGGUGAUCCUGGAGCCCCUGCUUGCCGGGGAGCCCCUGGUGUCCACUGUGUGCAACUUCGGCACAGUCCGCACCUUGACAUCGGACAGGCUGACACUGGCCAGGGAUUCAAAGAAGAUUAAGAAAGUUGCCAAAAAAGAAAAGCCAAAAGCCGUGAAUCCGAUCUACGAAAGCGAUUACCACCCCGAGCCCCUGACGGUAGAGGUGCAGAUCCAGCUGAACCAGUGCCGCUCGGCGGAGGAGGCUCUGCGCAUGUUCGCCGUGUAGGGCGUGGGCAAUAAAGCGCUGUUCCCAGCA